AAAAGACGUAGGGAGUGUCUGAGGAAGCAACAAGCGGUCGGGGGACAAGACAUCAGAUCAGGCUCUGGGGCUUUUAAUUGGCCUUUGCCUGCGCUGAUGCUGGACCCAAGCAAGAAGCUCAUUGCUGGCCCGAGAGCAGGAAAGGCCUCAGGGGGUGUUGGUAGCAAACAGGCUUUGGGCCCAGUGAGGUAUCGGGGACGGGCGAGCAGCAUCUGUGAGCCCGUGUUUCUCCCGAAAUCCGUGGUCCACAGCAGAGAGCUGGUGGGUGAAAAGCCAGAGGCUCGCGGGGGACUGACCGAGGGAAGAUGGGGAAGGACGUGGCUUACCUGGCCGCAGGUGCACAUUGGACAGUCUCCUGUCACACCCACCCCCUCUGCAGUGCCAAGUGCCCGUCCAAAAGCAUUGCGUCUGCCCCCGGAGCUUUAAACAAAUGGUUGUCACUCCUCAGCUGAGGCGUUUUAGUCGAGGAGCGUUCCUUUUCCUCCCACCGCCCUCACACCUCUCCAUGCCCGUCCUUUCCCGGGACACUGAGCCAGGAGAUGGACUGGAUGAGCACAGUUUUGUUCCAGCUUCUUUUACACAGCCACCCGUGUCUGGUUUAACAUUUCUUGCACACGGAUCCGCUGGGGAGUUUUCCGUAGCCACGUACGCCCGGUUCCAAAACUCUUGGACACGCACUGAUUGGGGAAGACUACGGGACUGGAAUGUUUUUAGUUAAAAGCACAUCAGUGUGGAACAAAAGCCCCCUUUAACCACUACGGUUUGUGGUGUGAAUCUGACCAGCUGAGGAGACAAUUAAGCAAAGUCUUUGUAAGUGGAUGCUGCUCCAGGAGAGUGAAUUAGGAUCUCUUCUCCCACCCAAUCCGCAAGGGAAGAGGGGUGAGAUGGCAGCCAGAAAAACCUCUUUUCGGAAUUACACGUGGCUUGCAGCAGCACUGGCCCCGCGGUGCGGCUGGCUCCUGCCCGGGCUGGAGCAGCGCCUCGCCGUCCCCGCCGUGGUGAGCCCCGCGGCCGCCCGGCCCUACGCGGCGGCAGCAGCCAAAGCUGCCAAAAAGGAUGCCAAAAAGGAUGCCAAGAGGAGCAGGCAGGAGAAGGAGAAGGAGAAGCCCCUCCCUCGGAGGCGGCCGCUGAUGAGCAAGCCCGUGGACGACGUGUACCUGACGUGGCUCUACAGGAGACCCUCCUACGAGCUGGAGCAGGCCGUGGGCAUGCUCAAGAGGUUCCAGGAGCUGGACUUCACCCACCCCAAGCAGUUUGUGUACAUCAACGUGUUCCUGGACAUGGCGCUGCAGAAGAAGAAAAAAGUGGAUCCUUUUUCCAGCAGUGUCUCUCUUCCCCAUCGCUUUACGGAUGAGGUGAACAAGGUUUUGGUGUUCACAGAGAAUGAGCAAGAAGCUGAGGUAGCUCGGGAGCAUGGGGCUGCCAUCGUGGGAGGAGUUGAAUUAAUCAAAUGGAUCCUGGAGGAUGAAAUCCAGGCUGAUUUCUACGUGGCUGUUCCUGCCAUCAUACCCAAGUUAAUCCCCCUGAGGAACAAACUGAAGAAGAAGUACCCCAGCGUAAGGAGAAAUUCCCUGGGCAGUGACAUUCCCAGAAUGGUGCAGUUCUUCAGAGAAUGCCACCAGUACACGGUAGAGGACGAGAGUGUCAUCAAGACAAGAAUAGCCAGACUGGAUAUGCCCACUGAGCACAUAAUUGCCAACCUGAAAACAAUUAUCCACGAUAUCUGCACCUUCAAGCCGUCCAAUUUCGAUCCCAUUGUGCAGAGGCUGGUUAUCAGAUCCUCCACCAGCGAAGGUUUGCUGCUGAACCUCGACGGAAUCCUACCUCAGGUGGAGAAAGUAGAAGAAAAAGAGGAAGAAGAUGCAGGCGAUGAGGAUCAGCAAAAACCUGUCCAAGAAUCCCUUAGUACCUGAUGUCUUUUCCUUGUGGACCUGGCGGACGAGCUCGGGAAGCGAAUGGUGUCAUUCAAAUCACGCUCUGUGAGAACAAAAAAUAAACGGGGCUCGUGGCUUUCAUGUCAAAA